AUGAAGAGCUCUGGCCAUCUGAGCUUGGGGGCAAUUGCAAUGGGGUGGUUUACAAGAACCCCUGGGAUUCAUGCAAUGCCCUUAAUACAAGCUCUCCCAAGGCUGUGUUCUCAAGAUUCUGUCACUAUCGCCCGAAAUGUGUCCUCGGACUGGCCUUGGCAAGAAUAUAUCUCAUCCAGUGCACGGCCGCCAUAUCUUGAGAUAAAUGCCACGGGUGAAGAGCUUGCGCCGGGCUUGAUAUUGUUUGAUCCCCAGACAGGAAUAAACUCCGAAUCCUACAUCCCUGACAAGGCUCCCUUCAUUAUGACAGAUGCCGGGGAUCUCGUUUGGUCUGGGCCAGUCAUACCAGAUGCGUCAAACUUCCGUGUUCAAAAAUUGUUCGGGCAACCAGUUAUCACUUAUUGGGCCGGUAGUGGUGGUGCUGCAGAGUCUAGCUCUGCAUCGCAUGGUUACGGUCACAUUGUCAUUCACAACUCGUCAUACGACCAGAUUGGGGUUUUUUGUCCAAAGUUAAACUUGACCCUACCUCCUGGAACAUCUGCACCCUGCCAGGCAGAUGUCCAUGAGUCUCUGAUUACUGAAGACAACACAAUUCUAAUAACAGCUUACAAUACAACUAAUGCUGACCUUCGAGAUCUCGGAGGCUCAGAAGACGGGUGGGUUCUGGAUUCUCUGGUCUUGGAAAUCGAUCUCCAUACUUCCGAAAUCCUUUUCUCCUGGAGUCCUCUAGCUCAUGUGCCAAUAAGUGAUACGAAACUAUCCCUCGAUGGCGCGGGCGCGAACUCCAGUGAUCCAUUUGAUUUCUUUCACACCAACUCCAUCCAGCCCUUUGAGGGUAAUUAUCUCAUCAACAGCCGCAGCACUUGGAGCACGUACCUGGUCAAUAGGAGUGGGGACAUAAUAUGGAAAAUCAAUGGCCAGACGGGAGGCGACUUCGGAAGUCUGCCUGAAGGUGGCAAUUUUUCUUGGGAACACUUCGGUCGCAUCCAACGUACCUCUGAUACACACCUUCAGCUCGGGUAUUUUGCGAACAACAACGGUGGUGCAACUACUUCUUAUCCAUCGGUUGGUCUUGAGCUCCUUCUCACUGUGCCACCAAGCCAUGAACACCCUCCCCAAUUGCUUAAAAACCUUUCGGAUCCACUACAUCCCGUGGUUUCGCUAGCCAUGGGGUCCCAUGAUGUUCUCUCUAAUGGGAAUCAUUUCCUCGGUUACGGAAUCCAGCCUGUGAUGAAGGAAUUCGGGCCACAUAACCCACAAGGCAGGGAUGUUCGUUGGUCAGCGCGAUAUAAUCAUGACGAUGGCGGUGCUAGUUAUCGUACUUACAAAUCCCUCUGGAAAGCCACACCUUCGAGCCAACCCUUGCUCCACGUUAAGAGACUUAACCAUACCCAUUAUCAAACUGAUGGGUUGAAUGGAAUUGAGUGCGGCUCUUCCAAAAUCCGAGGAUAUGUUAGUUGGAAUGGCGCUACCCAAGUUAAAUACUAUAUUUUGUACGUUGGUAACAGUACACGCUCAAUGAAAGCGGUUGGUAUCUUCCCAAAGGUUGGAUUCGAGACAAAGUUUGCUAUCCCUGAGAAUAAAGGGCAAAGCAUGUUUCAGGUUGAUGCAGUUGAGGAUUCCGAUCUAGGGGUCACGAGAAGAUCUGCAAUCAUGGAAUUGUGUUUCGGGAGAACUAGGUUUCUAUGA